GGGGCCGGGCGGGGGGCGGCGGCGGGAAGGACUGGCCGCGCAGGGCCCCGCCGAGCCCCGACCACCCGCAGGACACCGACACCGUCACCGCCGCCCGGCACGGACCUCCCGCCCCGGAGAUAUUGCUCAGCAUUAUCAUUGAAAGAUGGGAGGUGCCGUGAGUGCCGGGGAAGACAAUGAUGAACUGAUCGAUAACUUGAAAGAAGCUCAGUACAUCCGGACAGAGCUGGUAGAACAGGCGUUCCGAGCUAUCGAUCGGGCAGACUACUAUCUUGAAGAGUUCAAAGAUAACGCCUACAAAGACCUCGCUUGGAAGCAUGGUAAUAUUCACCUUUCUGCACCGUGCAUUUACUCAGAAGUGAUGGAAGCCUUAGAUCUACAACCCGGACUAUCGUUUCUGAACCUGGGCAGUGGCACUGGUUACCUCAGUUCUAUGGUUGGACUUAUUUUAGGGCCUUUUGGUGUAAACCAUGGGGUGGAGCUUCAUUCAGAUGUCAUAGAGUAUGCAAAGCAGAAACUGGACUUUUUCAUCAGAACAAGUGACAGCUUUGACAAGUUUGAAUUCUGUGAGCCCUCAUUCGUUACUGGCAAUUGCUUGGAGAUCUCUCCAGACUGUACUCAGUAUGAUCGUGUAUAUUGUGGUGCUGGAGUCCAAAAGGAGCAUGAAGACUACAUGAAGAGUUUGCUUAAAGUUGGGGGAAUUCUUGUUAUGCCUCUAGAAGAAAAGUUGACCAAGAUAACCCGCAUUGGACCUUCAGCCUGGGAAACAAAAAAAAUUCUGGCCGUUUCUUUUGCCCCUCUCAUCCAGCCCAAUCAUUCAGAUUCGGGAAAGUCAAGGCUAGUUCAGCUGCCCCCUUUAGCCGUUCGCAGCCUCCAAGACUUAGCUCGCAUUGCAAUCCGAGGCACGAUAAAAAAGAUCAUCCAUCAGGAAGCAAUGAGCAGAAGCGGCAACGGGCUGAAGAACCCUCCUAGAUUUAAACGAAGACGGGUCCGCCGCCGUCGCAUGGAGACCAUCGUCUUCUUGGACAAAGAGGUCUUUGCCAGCCAUAUUUCCAACCCAUCCGAUGAUAACAACAACUGCGAGGAUAUCGAAGAGGAGAGGCGGGAAGAGGAAGAGAGGAGUAUUCCUGAACUGAAGCCAGAUCCACCUGUAAACUUUCUAAGAGAGAAGGUCUUGAGUCUACCCUUGCCUGACCCUCUGAAAUAUUAUCUGCUUUAUUACAGAGAAAAAUAAGUCUCCUAUUUAUAUAGUAAGGGGUAAAUGAGGAGAAAAAGAAUAGUUGUUAGGGCUUGACAGAUGUAUACCACUUGCUUGCCUGUUAACGUUACAACACCUGGCAGUAGGCUGGCUGUCUGAAGAAUGUGACUGCUGUAUUUCGCGAACAUCAUAGUUUUUCUUGUUGUGUUGUUUUUUCUUUUCUUCUCCUGCUUGACUGUCUGCUGUAUUUUUUGUCUUUCAGCAGGAUUUACGUAGAAAGUCAGCUGGUAAAAUGUGAGAUUACCUGGAAACGACAAUUUAAUUUUCCAAAACAAAGUCAGUCUGGAGAAGUUAUGUAUUUUUCAGCUGUGCUUUAACAAAACUGCAAUUUUAAAGUGUUCCUAAGCAGACCCCCGAAGAUGGCCCUUUUCCAUUCACCGUGUCCAACUCUCCCAUGAAUAGUGUUUACACUGAUAUCUGAAUGAAAGCAGGUGAUAUAAAAUCACCGAUUUGGAAAGAGUACUCUAAAAAUGCCCAGUUCUUAAUGCUGAAGAAAAAUAGUAUCUAUCUCAUAAGUGCUAACUGCAAACUUUACCUUAAUGAAUGGAAAUAAAGUUUUGUUUGUAUUUACCUGAUGAUUAAAGAACUCUGAUGUAAGU